CGACGCCCCUCCCCUGUUCGAGAUGGCGACCACGAAUUGGACGCUCCCCGACCACCCCACGCUCCCCAAGGGGAAGACGGUGGCCGUCGUCGUGCUCGACGGAUGGGGCGAGGCCAGCCCCGACCAGUACAACUGCAUCCAUGUCGCCCAGACGCCCGUCAUGGAUUCGCUCAAGAAUGGUGCUCCUGAGAAGUGGAGACUAGUGAAGGCUCAUGGAACUGCCGUUGGUCUCCCAAGUGACGACGACAUGGGCAACAGUGAAGUUGGCCACAAUGCUCUUGGAGCUGGCCGAAUCUUUGCUCAAGGUGCGAAGCUUGUUGAUGCUGCUCUUGCUUCCGGGAAGAUUUGGGAAGACGAGGGGUUCAAUUACAUCAAGGAAUCUUUUGAUAAGGGUACUCUGCACCUUAUUGGUUUGUUGAGUGAUGGAGGCGUUCACUCCCGGCUAGACCAAGUGCAGUUGAUUGUGAAAGGUGCCAGUGAGAGGGGAGCAAAAAGAAUUCGCCUUCACAUUCUUACUGAUGGGCGUGAUGUUUUGGAUGGCAGUAGUGUUGGUUUCGUAGAGACAAUUGAGAACGAUCUUGCUCAGCUUCGUGAGCAGGGUGUUGAUGCACGGAUUGCAUCUGGUGGUGGAAGGAUGUAUGUUACCAUGGACCGCUACGAGAAUGACUGGAGUGUGGUCAAGCGUGGGUGGGAUGCCCAGGUACUUGGAGAAGCACCACACAAAUUCCAAAAUGCACUUGAAGCUGUGAAGACUCUAAGAGCAGAGCCCAAGGCCAAUGAUCAGUAUUUGCCCCCCUUUGUGAUAGUUGAUGAGAGUGGCAAAUCGGUUGGUCCUAUAGUAGACGGUGAUGCAGUCGUGACUUUCAAUUUCAGAGCUGAUCGCAUGGUUAUGCUUGCGAAAGCACUCGAGUUUCCUGAUUUUGAUAAAUUUGACCGUGUUCGUGUACCAAAAAUUAAGUACGCUGGGAUGCUUCAAUAUGAUGGUGAGUUGAAGCUUCCAAGCAAGUACCUUGUUUCCCCACCUUUGAUUGAGAGGACAUCUGGUGAAUACUUGGUGAAGAAUGGUGUCCGCACCUUCGCUUGCAGUGAGACAGUGAAGUUUGGCCAUGUCACAUUUUUCUGGAAUGGAAACCGUUCGGGAUACUUUGACGAGACCAGGGAAGAGUAUGUAGAAAUUCCCAGUGACAGUGGUAUCACAUUCAAUGAGCAGCCCAAAAUGAAGGCACUUGAAAUUGCUGAGAGAACUCGGGAUGCUAUCCUCAGUGGGAAGUUUGACCAGGUGCGUAUUAACCUGCCAAACGGUGACAUGGUUGGUCACACUGGUGAUAUUGAAGCUACAGUUGUUGCUUGCAAGGCUGCCGAUGAAGCUGUCAAGAUGGUCUUGGAUGCUGUGGAGCAAGUUGGUGGUAUCUAUCUUGUCACAGCUGAUCAUGGAAACGCAGAGGAUAUGGUUAAGAGGAACAAAGCUGGCCAGCCGAUGCUCGACAAGAGCGGUAGCAUCCAGAUUCUUACCUCGCAUACGCUUCAGCCAGUCCCUGUUGCUAUCGGAGGCCCUGGUCUCCACCCCGGAGUGAGAUUCCGCUCCGACAUCCAGACACCUGGGCUCGCCAACGUUGCCGCCACCGUGAUGAACCUCCACGGCUUCCAGGCUCCUGCUGAUUAUGAGACGACCCUCAUCGAAGUCGUCGACAAGUAAAAAAACAAUGCGCUCUUUGAAGCCAAAAUUGCUGUAGCCAAUUUUGUCGCUAUAGUUUUGGGGUUGGUCAAGGAAUGAUCGCAUCAUUGAAUAAUUUGAGAUUUGACAGCACGCUUGCUCGAACUCAUCAUGUGUAACAUUGAGAAAGGUGGAUUUUACUUGCAGUUAGCUCUAUUUUGUAA